GGCCGUGUCAUCUCGCAAUUCGGUGUGUCUAGAAGUGGGUGCAGUGACAAUUGCCAGUGUCCCUCGCCUUUCUUCAUUCCUCUGUUUCUCGAGUCGUAAGCUUCCUUAGUUCCUUUUGUGGCGUUCGAGUGUCACAUCGUGGCUCGGUGACAGUGUGUCUAGAAGGGGGCGUGCUGUGCUAUGCUGUGCCUUCUUUCCCUUGUUCCUUGAGUCUUCACUUUUCUUGGUUCCUUAUGUGUCUAGAAGGGGAUGUGUUGUCAGUGUCCUUUUCUUUCCUUCUCUCUGUUCCGUAAGUCUUAAUCUUCUUCGUCCCCUUCACCCAUGAAAAUUACGCAGCUGCAUUGUUCCACUGCUGCUGUCAUUUAAUCAUCUUCGUCAGUUUUGCAAGACUUCAAGAAUCUCAAGGUCGUCAAAAUGCAGGGUGAGGUGGAUGGUCUGUGGGGCCCCUCAGGAACUAUGGGAACCGACACAUCAGUCUCCUUGGGUUUUGAGGAUUCCUUUUCUCCACAAGGUAGACAGCUGGAGGACACUGCUCAAAGUCCCAGUCAAGAGAAUUAUGUUCCACUUCAAGACUCCCAGCAGUAUCUGGCAGGACUUGAGUCCAAACUGGCUCGCAUUCAAGGCCGUACUGCCUCCAGCAGGAAGACAGAGAGUCGCAGACUACUGGAUGCCUUGGCUGGCUCUAGAAGCCACCAGACUGCCCAGCUGAUGCAGGACAGUGAGUCUUCAUGUGGGAACAUUCCUACAAUGGAUGUACCAUCAUCAUCCACCAUAGAUCCACAAGGGGCUUUGGGUGCCAUGUUGAGAAGGGUGGCACCUGACCGAGUGGCCCUCACCCCUGAAGAAUUGUGCCAUUUGCUGCAGGCUGAUCUGCUUGCACAGAUGCAUGAAUCAGAGAAUGAUGCCUCACCAGAUACUCAUGGGACUGUAGGAGACAAGAACCUCCCACUGGGAAACACCUGUGAGAACCAGGAUAAAACAUCAGCCAAUCUUUCAGGAACUGGAGAACCCAGGGAACCUUCAUCUGAUGAAGGAGAGAAAUGACAGUUGUUCCAUCUUGACCAAUGUCUAGCUGUUAAAACAAUUGUUGCUUAGUAGUGAAUCUGUCAUACCUCAAAAAAAUUAUACACAUUUGUAUGUUCAUUGUGGUACUCAUCAUACAUGUCAAUAAAUUAAAGUAUGCCUGUACCAUAUAUAUAUAUAUAUAUAUAUAUUACAUACAUAUAUACAAGUAUAAAUGAAAUGCCAUGUGUAACAGAUUAAUAUAAUUAAAUAGAAAAAAACUUUGAUUACACAGCCUCACUCAAUUUUCUGUUAAAAUUAAUAUUUUAGAGCAGCAUCAGGAUGACUUUAACUUCUUACACAAAGGUUCUUCAUCAGAACUCUCCAGCAACACUUCUAAAGGUAACUGAAAGCUGACUCGCAUCAUAGCCUUAUUUGGAGCCACCUGUCUUACAUGAAUCACCUCCUGAACAUGCCUCUUUAGACUUUCAUAACUUUUGUGAGAUUUAGACUUUUCACAGUUUUUUAAAGUAUCACUAUCAAGAGCACCAUCCUGUAAUACCUCACCAGCUUUUGCCACUUCACUAGGCUUGGAGAGAUAACCCAAAUUCUCAGCCACUUGUCCAAUGGCAACGUCUUCUGCCGUCUCUUUAGUAAACAUGUACACAUGAACCACAGGCAGCUCCACAUCCUGCAGCACUUCCUGGACACCAUUCAUGAGGCCUUUAAAGCUUGGCAAGAAGGUCACUGCCAGUGCUGGAAGGUUCAUAGUUAUAUGCACACUGCCCACAAAGUGCGGAUCUUUCCAUCGUUCCAUUAGAUCAGCCUUCAGUAUUGUCUGAAUGAAGUCAUGUCCAUCCAUGUUGAAGCAUUUCACCCUUUCCACAACUUUGUUCUUGGUGCAGUUUUUUACCAAGGCAUUAAAGGACUCUGGGUUGAGGUCAUUGGCCAAAACGUGGCACUUCUUCCUGCCAGCAGGAACAGCAAAUGGCCCCACCCCUGCCAUCACAUCGUAAAGGACGUCUCCAUGCCGCAGCCGCCCCACCACCCUGCCGUGCUCUGUUGACAGCCGAGGGUUCCAAUACACCCGGGCAAAGUCCAUUGUGAAGGAACAGCCAUUCUCCUUCACAGUGACUACAGUGUCUCCAGUGCCCCCAAGAAUCUCCAUCUGAAAAUUCCUGUAUGUAGAAUCAAUGGUAUUGACUUUAUUCACGACCAUGGAGAUGUUUGGCACUUUGUCCAGGUACACCUCCCCAAUGAGAGUCUUGUAUGGCAGCAGAUGCUCUCGCAGGUUGAGGUGAAGAAUGUGGCCAACUAUGGAGAAGCUCUGGGCACCCUCCUGGUUGGCAGGAAGGACAGCUUUUAAGAUGUCUUCAGCUUUCCAAUUUUCAUAUCCCAGAGUAAUCUCUCUGUAGCCAAAUGUUACCUCAUCUUUGCUAAUGAUUUCUCCUAGCUCUUUCUUGAUAACUUCUAAACUCUUCACUAAAAUAGGAUUAAGAAGUAUUUCUUUCUUAUCUCCAUCAUCAUCAGCAGUUCUGACAGGUUUUGAUUUUUCCAAUUUCAACAAAUAUUUUUUCAAACAUUUAAUCACACUGUUGAUUAUACUGCUUUUGACAGUCACGUGAGGUACUGAGAUUUUCUUUUGAAAAGCUCCUCGGUCAAGUUCCAUCAUUCCACUGACAGUUUCAGGGGGAAGUAUAAUGGUGGUCUCCAUGUUUGGUUUGCAAAGAGGAGUGUUGCUCUGGACAGAGGAAGAUAAACAAAAGGAUUCACUGGUGCCCAAAGUCCAGCUGAAGGCAGGUUGGUUCCAAGAUCUUGAUGACUUUGAAAGAAAUGAUGGAAACUUCACCACAGAACUGAGACUGGCAAAGCCUUUUUUCUCACAUCUCUUCAAGCUGGUCCAUAUGUGCCACAGGGAACGAACUGACCUGAAAUACAUGUAUUAUUUAUUAAUCUAUGCAAUGUUUAGGGAGCACAGCUAUAACACUGUCUGCUAUUAAACCACUAGUAUGGAUUCUGAAGACAAUGUGGGUCUCUCAUAGCACAAAUACUAGUGUACCUCUGCAAGCCUUUUAAAAUAGCUAAGAAUCUCACUAAUUACUGUCACAACUCACUGAUACUCUGACAGAGAAACCAAGUAUGAAACCAUAUCAUGGAAAAAAGAAGCAAGGCUCCCUGAGUCUUACUUGAUGACAAAUAAAAGGUCAUGUGACUUUCCUUCCAACAGAUAAAUCUUGUACUCAAUCUAAUUUUGUUAAUAAAAGAUAUGAAAGAAAA